GCAGGCGUUUUAAAUAUUUUUGUCCUUUUUUUUUAAGUGGGCGUAGGCUGCCGCAUUUGGUAAACUUACCCGGAACCUUACUUAGUAGAACCUGAUUCUAUCCGGUACCGCUCGCAUGAGAACACCUGUCCGUCCCAGUGAGCUUCCGGCACAUGCGUAGACGGGUGUUAUUCAUGGAUGUAUUAUAGUCGAAUAUACUGUCCACAUACGUCCACGGUGUUAUGAUGGAGUGUCUCAGGGUGCUGGAGCUGUACAGCGGUAUUGGCGGCAUGCAUUAUGCUCUGAAAGAGAGUGGCGUAGCAGGCAAGGUGGUGGCUGCAGUGGACGUCAAUACCACAGCCAAUGAGAUCUACAGACGCAACUUCCCUGACACGCCCCUUUGGCCCAAAACCAUCGAGGGGAUCACGUUGGAUGAAUUCAACAAAUUGGCCUUUGACGUGAUUUUGAUGAGUCCCCCUUGCCAACCUUUCACCAGAAUUGGUUUGCGGGGGGACAUAGCUGACCCUAGAACCAAGAGCUUCCUCUACAUUCUGGAUCUUCUACCAAGGCUGGCCGUGUUGCCCCGCUUUAUCCUGCUGGAGAAUGUGAAGGGCUUCGAGACCUCGUCAGCAAGGGAAUCCCUGUUGCAAACACUGAAGAAUUGUGGCUACACUUUUCAGGAAAUCAUGUUGUCACCUACAAGUCUCGGGAUCCCAAACUCACGGCUACGCUAUUUCCUGAUUGCCAAGGCAGCACCAGGACGCUUUUCUUUUAGGACCAGCCCAGAGAUUUUGCAAAGCUUCCCUUGGGCCUCUGAGAGGAAUACCUCAGAUCUCAACACGGCCUCACACACUUCCUGUCCAAACACCUGCCGCCAGGAGGAGGAAGUGGAGGAGGAUAUGGAGCGGGGUUCCGUCCUGUACAAAUUAGAGACUGCUCAGGAUGCAGAGAGGAAGUCAUACCAGAACAGUGAUCAAUCAGUCCAGCAGAUCCAAGAUUUCCUGGAGCCGCGGAUGAAGGGAGAAGCAGAGGAAGAGAUGGCAAGCUACCUCCUGACUCCUAAAACUCUGCUGCGCUACGCUCUGCUCAUGGACAUCGUCACGCCUGCAUGCAGGAGGUCCGUCUGCUUCACCAAGGGCUAUGGGCACUAUGUGGAGGGCACGGGUUCAGUGCUGCAGUCCUGUGUGGAGACAGAGAUGGAGUCUGUGUUUAAAGCCCUGGAUCAGUUGUCUGAGGAGGAGAAACUGCAGCAACUGGUGAGGCUGAAGCUGCGCUACUUCACUCCCAGAGAGAUCGCCAACCUCAUGGGCUUCCCCCAGAGCUUCACCUUUCCAGACCAGAUCUCCAUCAAGCAGCGGUAUCGGGUGCUGGGGAACAGUCUGAACGUGCGGGUGGUGGCCAGACUGCUGCAGCUCCUGCUAUCCUAGCACUCACACUCACGCAGAACACAGCAGGCUUCACACUCGUAUCUGCUUCACCAUGGAGAGAUUAUUCCAAAACUGGGAGAAAACUUCCUGCAUGGAGCGUUCCCUGAGAUGACCCCUCAGGAGGUCAUGAGAGUUACCGGGUACUUCCUGACUGAACGGGACAGCCGGGACUCCUUUACAGGUCCUGACUGCCUGGCGAGGGACCCGGGGAAUAGAGAUUUAAGAGAAACUGCAGGUGUAAAAGCAAAGAAUAUUUAACAAGUCAGUUGCAGGACGCACAAAAGGACGUUGUACAAAACAUGGACUCAAAUCAAGAGAAGACAACAUCAGUCUUGUGUGUCUUUACAUUGUUGUUGUUGUUGUUGUUGUUGUUGUUGUUGUCAUGUUUCUGAGCUAAAUAAAAACCCAGGAUGUUAUCACCUGUACAGCCUGGCAUCCAUCAUCUAUGGUCCACUGGUUUUGAACCCAGCAAGUUGGUCUGUCUGUCUCUG